AUGAGUGCAGUAUUUACUUGCAAUGCUUGCUUGAUCCAGUUCCGCUCAAGCGACCAGCAAAGAUACCAUAUGAAGACCGAAUGGCAUAGGUACAACUUGAAGCGGAAAAUAGCACAAUUAGAGCCCAUUCCGGCUGAUCUUUUUGCCGAAAAGCUGCAACUAUCAGAGAAAGAAAGGGAGAAGAACCAAGUGGACGAGUUUGGGUUUCCAAUUUUGAAGACUAGAGAGCAGCAAUCACAGCAUAAGAACAAAGCAAAUUCCAAGCCCAAGAAAAAGAGAGGUCGUCGACUACAAGAUGUGUUGAAUGCUAGUGAGGAUAAAAAUGAGCGGUCUGUGUCGCCAGUGGGGUCUGUGGCAUCAGAAAUAUCGAAAAUUUCGGUUCAUAGCUCGGACUUCGACGAUGAAAGGUCACUUGAUAACGGUUUCACCACCGAUUCGAAUGAAGAGUUCACCAGUGAUUAUGACACAACAGAAACAGAAACAGAAACAGAAACGGAAACAGAGGGGAACGAGAGUGAGGUCGAUAUCGCUAAAAACAAGCUUCAAUUCACACAUACAGAGUGUCUCUUCUGUGGUUCGGAAAGUAAGGAUAUAGAGCGCAACAUCAGUCAUAUGUUCAGAUCUCACGGUCUUUACAUACCCGAAAGGUCUUUUUUGGUGGAUCUAACAGGCCUUAUCGAUUAUUUAAUCGAUGUGAUAGUAUAUUCUCAUCAGUGCCUCUGUUGUUCGUUCCAGGGCAGCAGCUUAGAAAGCAUUCGAGCACAUAUUACUUCCAAGCGUCACGCAAAGCUACCAUACGAGACGAAAGACGAGCGCUUACGAUUUUCCAAGUUUUACGACUUUUCGUUAGCUGAAGAUCAUUGGGAAAGCGACUCUAGUGCCUCAGACUCGGAAGGAACCGGCUCUUCUUCUAGCGUCAACGAGCGCAUCACCAGGGAGAGACAGGAUAGACACCCUAAUCAUACUCAUGCAGAGGUCGACGAAAAUGGUGUGGAACUCACUCUACCCACAGGAGUAAGAGCGGGACAUCGUCUCAUGAGGAGAGGCCAGAGACAAAACUUUCCUCUACAAGCUAAUGGCAUCAAUGGUAACAGGACUCAAACAGUUGGUGAUAGAAGGUAUCUGGGCGGUGUCACAGAUAAAGCCAUUAAGAAGAACGACAAAAGAGCCCAGCAGCAGGAAAGACAAAGCAUAAACCGCCAAAUUAGGACGGAAACCAGACGUAGUAACUUCCAAACGCACUACAGAGACGAGCUGCUACAAUGA